CCCGACGUCAACGCAGUUUCCGCUCGGGGGCACAGCAGCGGUAGCCCUAACCCCCCUCGCAGUUGUGGUACAGCCCAUCACCUCCGAAUUGAACAAUACACAGUGCGCAUCCAACGCAGCGACAAAUCCUUCUCUCUUCGUUUCUCUGACAGCCAUCUCUCGGAGCCAUGGGCCGCACGACCCGUCCCGCACCUGCGCAUACCAAGCAGGGCCAGCACCAACACGCCCAGUCUCGCGGCCUGCGGACUGCUCAUGGCCAUCCACCGGCUCACCACGCCGCAAGCGCACGCCAGCAUGCGGCAGCACAUUCACACCCAGAUCACCCACGCGCAGCAGCGCAUCCACAUGCAGCAGCGCACCCUCAUCCGGUAGCUCACCAGCCUCACCACGCUCCACAGCACCACCCCGCCGCUCACCACCCCGCACCACACCCUCAACACAGUCCCCAUCCCGCUCAUCCUACCCAUGCAACGCACACCAGCCACCCGCACAGCAGAACCCCAGUCAUAGCCGGCGCAGCAGCCGGCGCAGCAGCCGGUCUUGGAGGCGCGAUGAUCUACAACGAAUGGAACCAGAACAACGAAACGAUCGAGCUACGGGAGAACAACCCCGACGAUCGGGAUUCCGGGCAGUAUGUCCGAGACGACGGGGAUUACUGGUCUGGCGAUGAUGACAAUCGUGACAAUGAUGACAACCGCGGAUAUGUGGACAACAAUGAUAUGACGUACCCCGGGGACGAUGUUGCGACGACCACCCAGUAUACCGGGUAUCAGGCGCCAGAGGCGCCGAGGAUGGAGAAGAGCGACGACGACGAUGAUUGCUGUGGGGGAUGUGUUUGUUAUGUUACUAUUGUCGAGUUCUUUAUCUAUGAAUGGAGGGGGAAGGAUAUGGAGUAG